CGUUACAAUCGCUAUUAUAUCCAAGACGCUAAUGCGCCAUUUUGUUUCUUCGCAAAGGGUGCAUUGACUUUUAUUUCCCGCCAAAUAUCCACGUGGAAGAUCAGCAUCAUUGACCAUGGCCUCUGAUCCAGAUAAAAGGCCGGUUAGCCCCGCUUCAAACAGGUUUAAAGGGAAAGUAAAUCAAAUGAUGAUUGCAAAGGUAGCGACAAUGGGUGCGACGAAGGUAACUGCGGAAGAGAAGCUGAAACGAGAUUCGGAAGAAAAUAAAGCGCAAACUGAAGCUCAAAAACACAUUAAAGAUCGAUUCAAAAGUCUGAAAGGUGUGUGGUCACUGGCGGCCAAGCGAAAAACGGCUGGACCUGGCGUAGAAGUGGAGCCUGAUGUAAGGAGGAGGUUUCUCUUUGAUGACGCUGCACUGAAACAAGGGGCAUCGCUGAAUGAUUUGUUUGUUUCUGAGGAACCACCGGAGAUCGAUUUCAAAGACAUCGUUGAUCAAGACGAUACUUUCGUUGAGGUGUUUGUCUCACAGGAGUUGGUGGGAAAUAUGGUGGACAGUAUAUACUUCAGAUCUGUGAUCACCGGUCUCAUUGUCAUCAACUCAAUUCUUAUUGGACUACAGACAGACGAACAAAUGUCUGUUGACUACGCCUACGUGUUCUCGAUAUUCGACAACUUUGUUCUCACGAUCUUUGUGUGUGAGUUGAUCAUCAAGUGGUUCCACGGGUUCUGGAUCUUCUGGAAGACCGGCUGGAAUAUAUUGGACUUCGUUAUUAUCCUUGCACUGUUCCUCGGACCAACUCUCACAUUCCUUGGUAGUAGUAGAAUCCUUAGAAUACUCCGGGUACUGAGGGCCUUUAAGAGUUUACGCAGUGUCAGUGCUUUGGCUGGCCUCUCUCUAGUCGUGCAGACCAUACUUCAGUCCAUACCAGAUAUGGUUAACAUCAUUCUUCUUCUGACUAUUAUUCUUUUGGUGUUUGCUGUAGCUGGUGUCACAUUGUUUAAUAAAGAAGUCCCAGAUAGGUUUGGAGAUUUAGAAUCAGCUAUGUUUUCGCUGUUUAUAUGUGUCACACAAGAUGGAUGGGUGGGGAUAUUUGACAGAUUCAAGGGCAAGUCCGAAGGUUUGCAUAUUGGAGGUGCCAUAUAUUUCUUCUGUGCAAUUAUGGUGGGAGCCUUCGUCUUUGCAAACUUGGUUGUUGCAGUCGUUGUUACAAACCUUGAACUUGCUAUGAAGGAGUUAAAGCAGGAAAAUAAAGCACUGGAGGAUAACCUGGCCCCAGCAGGGGUCAGCACUGGGGACAGUUCACACACUGAUGCAGAUGCAGUCAAUAUAGUAAAGCUGAAGGAUACACAAGUAAAAGUUGACCUUACUGCACAGACUCCUAUUCAACUUUCCGAGCUGAAGUAUGCUAGCACGGAGAAGCUUGAGAACUUCUAUCUCAUACUAACAGCCCUGGAGGAAAACCUGGCAGAAUAUCAUCAGAUAAGACAGGACCUAGAAAAGGUGUUUGAUGUUGUAUGUAGUAUGAACACUCCUGACUCUGAUGAUGAGGACGAGAUUGACACAUUUGAUACAACAAACAUUGAUAUUGAGAAGAUUAAGACAAAAGGUGACAUCAUAUCAAAUCUGAUUGCACUUGAGAAGCAGCAGCAGCUGACAUCCGACAACGCUGGUACCAUGUCUGAUGUCAUUAAAAGUGCUGUGCGAGAUGAGCGCAAACAACUUGAGCGUCAAUUCAAGAAAAAGAGAGGAAGCACUGUGUCGCUUACAAAACACGAUGACAAAAGCUAAAAAGAUUAACAUUACUAACACUGAACAUUUUGGUUCCUGUAAGCACCAUAAUUUUCACAUUGUUUGGUAAUCCUCCAUAUGCAGAGAUUAGGUACAUGUAGUUCCUUUCCAAUAUGGAUCAACUCUGGGUUUGGAGAAUGGGAUUGUUUAGUAUGCAGGACUGUGAAUUAAAAUUGUUGUAAUCAUUUUCAUUUUUAAUAUCAUCGAUGCAAUUAUGGAAGCGGAGAGGAAUAUGGUAGACUCCCUAAUUGACUUUUAACCACUGGGAAUGUGUGUAGAUACACAUGUGGGAGUGCAUUGACAAAUGCAACUAAGCCUUUCUAUUCUGAUCUUCAC